UUUCUCCACAGAGGGCUGGUCACCUCCCCAUGCUGUGCUGCCCAGUGCAGCAGUCUGGGAGCUGAUCUUGUUUGUGAAGACAGGCCAAAAAAAAGCAUUGAGUACAUUAGCUUUUUCCACAUUGAGUGGAAAUUAGCUAUAUUUACAGAAAUUUCCACAUUGAGUACAUUAGCUAUACCCACUGGAUCAGCCUUGUCCACAUAUUUGUUGACCCCCUCAAAGAAUUCUAAUGGACUGGUGAAGUAUGAUUUUCCUUUACAAAAGCAAUGUUGACUCUUUUCCAACAUAUUGUGUACAUCUCUGUGUCUGAUAAUUCUCUUUUUGACUAUGAUGUCAACCAGUUGCCUGGUACUGAAAUUUUGCUUACCAGCCUGAAAUCGCCAGGGUCGCCUCUGGAGCCUUUUUAAAAAAUCGGUGUUACAUUAGCUGUCCUCCAUUCAUGUGGAUGCUGAUUUUAAGCAAUAAUUUACAUACCACAGUUAAGCCUUGUCUACGCUGCAGAGUUUUGUCGACAAAACAGUGGAGGUGCAUACACACUACAAUGUUCCUUCUGCCAACAAAACUCAUGCUUUGCUGAGAAAAUAAAACCACUUCUAUGAGAGGUGUAGAGCUUUUUGCACAAAGUUAUAUCGACAGUGUCAGGGUAGACACUGUGCUUGGUUAUGUCACAGUAAAGGGCCGCAAGGAGAUGUCCCACAAUGCCCAUCCUGACUGCUCUGGUCAACAGUUCAAACUCUGCUACCCUGUACCCAGAUAUACAGGCAUCCGCCCCUUCCCCUUUAAAGGCACAGGGCUUUUUGAAAUUCCACUUCCUGUUUACUCAGCGUGGUGCACUUUUAUGGCAACUCUCCAUCUGACCAGGGCAGUUUCACGCUCCAAACGCUCUUCUGCUUGGAGCACACCAGAGCUGUUGAAUCUGCUGAGUAUAUGCGGAGAGGAAGCUGUGCAGUCCCAGCUCCACUCCAGCUGGAGGAACUUCAGUAGCAACGGUCAGAUUUCCCGUGGCAUGUUGGAGAAGGGCUAUGAAUGGGACAUGCAGCAGUGCCAUGCAAAGAUUAAGGAGUGGAGGCAGGUGUACCAGAAGGCAAGGGAGUCAAACCCUCAUUCCGGUAUUGCGCUGAAGACCUGCCAAUUCUAUAAGGAGCUGGACACCAUUCUUGGUGGUCGAGGUGGGGCUGCCACCAAAAGGCCUGUGGAUACUUCGGUGGGACUGGAGACAGUGGACAGCAGAAUCAGCCUCAAGGAUGAAGUAGUGGACAAGGAGGUCGAGUUGGAGGAGAAAAUGGAACAGUUGACAGGGUCGUCCAGGACCCUGGGGAGCCAGGAGCUCUUUUCAACUCCAGAGGGUUCAAGCCAUUCCCAGCACUCCAUCUCUGGCGUGCAUGAUGCAGGAGAGGGGAGCUCUGAUGUGGCCUUCAGGGGAACCCCUUACACAACGGCGGAGCACCUCCACCAGAUAAGGAAGUGAUUGAAGAUUGGAGCAUCUAUCAAAACAUGUCCUCUUUACUCCUCCUCAGAGGACAAUAAACAAGAACUCAGGGCAUGGAGAGAGACUUUAAAAAGACAAAUAUAAAACAGGCAGGACAGAAAGGAGAGCCAGGAGUGAAUUUUAAUGGGCCAGGAGUGGAUGAUAAAAGUGAUGGAGGACCGAAGUCCCAAAUUACAAUGCAGGCUGAAUUCAUGCAUGCUCGCCUCCUCCCCCCUCACAGCAAUACCGAACUGCUUGCCUUCUGCCCCUUGAAGCCAAUACUGAACUGCUUGCCAUGCUCCUCCUAAACUCCUCCCCACACCUUCCUUCCAACCUCCUGACCUGUCUUGUUACUCCAUUCACUCUAUCCCUUUGGACAGUUUCCAAAAUGACAGCUGGACUUACACAUAGCUAUGAGAGUCUACCCUGCCCUUCACUGUUAUCUCCCUUCCCCCCAAGCAUUUAGUGUGUGUGGUUGUUUUGUAUUUAAUAAAAAC